AUGAUUGCUUAUUAUUCUGAUAAUAAUAUUAUUUCUAUUAAUUUAAUAUCAAAUACAAAUAAUUCAAUUGAAGAAGCUCUUGAACAAAUGCCAAUCUGUAAUUCACAAGAUCGUUCUCGUCAACGAAUUCUACUAUCAAUUUUUCAUGCAUGGACUCAUUUUGCUUAUACACAUAAUAUUCAAUAUUGGAUAGCUUAUGGAACACUUGUAGGUUAUGUACAACGUCGAGGUUUAUUACCACAUGAUUCUGAUACUGAUAUAUUAAUGUUAGCACAAGAUACACAACUACUUGUUCCAUUUUCUGAUGUCAAUUUUUCAUCAAUCUAUGAAAUUAAAGUUCAUCCACAAUGGUCUUUUGUUGGAUAUACAAACCGUUCUUAUUUUCCAUUACAAGAUAUUUGGCCUAUUUAUGAUUAUCAUCCUGAUCAAUUAAAAAAUACCACAAAUACUAUGAAAACUCUUACGGAAUAUAGUAGAUAUUAUACAUGGAUAUCUUCACCAAUUGAAUGGACAUUUCCAUUAAAACCAUGUACUUUUAGUGGUAUCAAAGUAUGGUGUCCAGCAAUGCCUGAAAAAUUAGUUACGAUGUUAUAUGGAAUAGAAGCUGUAAACAAAACAGAUACAACAUGUGUUAAUGGUACUUGGGUUUAA